GGCUGCUUGAAACGUGCGAUGGCCUCUUCGCCUACAGAGUCGACGCUUCUCGGCUUGUGCGAUGGAGAGUUUGACGACACGAAGUACCAAUCAUCUUUCCUCACCAACAAAAUCGGAGGACAUCCGGACUGGUUACCGUGCCUUCCUCCCAUGUCUCCCCGCUGUAGACGAUGUUCAUCGCCGCUAACACAUGUGGUGCAGGUGUACUGUCCCCUGGAGGGAUCCCCCUACCACAGGACCAUCCACUUGUUCGCCUGCCCGGCGGAAGAUUGCAGAGGCCGUUCAGAUAGCUGGGCAGCGCUCCGCUCUCAGAGCCUAGAGGCCGAGGUGAAAGCAGCGCGGACUUCCAGAAAGCCUGAGCCGGCACAGGAUGCGCUUCUGUCAGCUAGCGACUGGUGUGACUCCGCUGAUGACUGGGGAAUAGACUAUGAGGAUGUUGGAGAUGUUAAGAUGGACAAGCAGGUCCUGGAGGAGGAACCAGAUAUUCACAUUGCGGAAGAGGAUGUCGUCAACAGACUCGACUGUCUCCAUCUUGCAGAGCAGCAGACAGACAUUCCCAUCCUGUGUCCGUUCUUCAUCAGCGUGGUAGACGAGCUGGAUGUGGCGGCAGAGGAAGAUGAGCUGGCGCAUGCCCACGAGCUUUUGAGGGACUAUGAGAGGAGAGAGGGCGUGGCUGUGGGGGUGUUGGAUGGCGGUGAAGAGAAGUACGAGAAGAGCCGAGCCCGUCACGGCGACGCUGCCUUCUCCAGGUUCAUGAAAAGGAUCUCGUCAUGUCCGCAGCAAGUCCUGCGUUACUGCCGUGGAGGACAACCUCUCUUCAUCUCAGAGCCGCCAGCCAACGUGGGCCAGCUGGUGGCGCUGUGUGGAUCCUGCAGAGGCCCGCGGAUAUUGGAGUUGCAACUGAUGCCUGCUCUUGUCAAUCUGCUGAGCUGGAAGGACGGCGGGGGCGCAGCCGAGCUGGAGUUUGGGACGGUUCUGGUUUACACUUGCACCAAGAGCUGUUGGACGUCCCAACAGUUGGUGGACGAGUUCUGCUUUGUUCAGAUGGACCCGGACCAGCAGCUUUUUAAAUGAAUAUUCACUCAUUCAUGAAUUAAGAGAACACAAAGCGACUUUUUGUUGGACUUGUCUAAUUCAGCCGCACAGCAACACAGCAGUCACAUGAUCCAGCAGAGGAAACACAAGUAUCAAAAAUAGAUUUCUAACUGGCCAAUAAAAAGUUUUUGAAGCAUUGUUUGGCUCCGCCCAUUGUGAAAGAGGAGCCCCGCCCCUCACCCCGGAGGCACUUGGGUCAGUUUGAGUGUUUUGCGCCAAACUACGGCGGCCCGUCAGAGAACGGUAAGGUGGUGUCGCUCGACUUGUACUCCCAGUUGCACUGGUGGUACUGGUCCAACGGGUUGUGGCGAGUGGCACCGCUCAGGCUGCUGAUGUCUCUGUCGAUGAUCUCAUUGACUGGAACAAUAGGAAACGAUAGACGCAAAUAAAUGCAACUUGAUUCGACUACUCCCUAGACUGAACCGGUCACUUUAAGUGCAGUGACACAUGGAUCCAGCAGAGGGUGUACUCGCGCUUGUAAUGCAGAAACAAGUCACAUGAUUUGGAUCCAGAUUGAUCCUUUCAUGUGCCAUUUGGCGCCAAGAGUUAUGUUUUGCCCCGCCUACCAGCCCCCAUCACGUCACAUUAGUAAUGGCGCUGUAACACAUUUUACUUUUUUUUAUUCAGUGUAUUUACCAACAGGACGUUGUGCUGGGAGAGUUGUGUGUGUGUGUGGGGGGUCAUCAGCCCAAUGACAGGUGCUGCCCACCAACAGACACACACACACACAGUUAUUAUUAAUAGUGUGGGGUCACAUUUCAAUUUUGCGUACUCAAAGGGUACACUGAACCAAACCCUGGAGCCGAUAAUGGGCAAAAUCUCAACAUGGAUAAUCUUACCGUCAUCCAGCGUGAUCUCCUGGAGGCCCAGAGAGGCCGCAGGGGGUGUGUCCUCUGGCUCCUGUUUGAUGCUGAGCCCACCGCCCGGCCCCCAUAACCAGUCUUCCUUGUGGGCCUGCUCCAUCCCAGGAAUGACGGGGGCCAUCAUGGCGGUGACGUCGAGGGAGGCAUGUGGGAGAGGAGGAGGAGGUGAAUGGUGCGGCCGAGCACCGCUAUGGGUCAACUGCCUACAAUGCACUGCCAGGUCACAUGGGGCGUAACAGACCACCUCUCCGUCGCGAGGGCCAGGUGCAUUCAGGGACACCAUGUUUGCCUCCCAGCACUCCCGUUUGACCACUUGGCCGCCAGAGAUGGCGAAGGGGAGUAGCUUGGUGGCUCCGGGCAGGUAGGUGAAGCUCUGACUCUGACUUUUUCUCCUCUUGCCGUUGGAAACGUAGAAGAGGACUUGGACGGGACUGCUGGUGGUCCUGUUGUAUGCAGGGAUGUCCACAGUGAUGCUGGACUGACCGAGACAGGACAUUAGUGGUCACAUGAUGAUGCGUUCCCUCCAGGAAGUAGACAGUGUUAAUCUUGUUUGUAUCCAAUCCAACUUACACUACAGCUUUUGGCAGGCAAGACUCUGGCGUCCGUCUCCCACAGGACUCGUCCAUCUGAGAAGACAUCGCAAAUAAUUGAAGUUAUUGACUUCUUGAUUUCAAGAGUAAGUCCACGUGAGCUCACCAGGACUUUUCUCCAAGAAAACCACUCUGGACUGAGAUGACAAGUUGGAGCCAAUGAUGAGGAGCUCUUUUCCUCCAUGCAGCACACAGCUGCUUGGACUGAAGCUCUCCACAUGAGGGAGCUCCUGACCCGAACGCUGGGCUGAACCGUUCAAACACAGCAUGACGAUGAAGAUCUUGAUGAACGUUUUGGUCAGAGGUCACACUCACAGCACUCGACAGGAACCGAUGCCGUCUGCAGCCACAACGUCCAGCCGUCUGACUGCUGGAUGCCGACCCUGAACACAACGCGCACCCUGGUGUUCUUCCUCCCGAUGUCCGUUUCGCCUUUCUUCAGCUCGAUGUCGGCGUUCCGCAGCUUGAGGAUUCCCGCGCAGUCGAUGCUGACGAGAAGAAACAAAAACAAGAUGUAAACUAUAUAAUUACUUUACACAUUUUGUACUGACAGGAUGCCUGUCGCCAUGGUUACCUGGCAGACAUAUUCCCCGGAAGCAGCGGAAUCUCCAGGACCUUGGUGCUGUCCAGCAGUUUCUCCUGGCAGGUGGUGGUCACAGUCUUGCCCGUCACACGGUGGACCUGAUAGAAGGAGUGAGGGCGAAGGUGGCGCUCAUCCGCUGUACCGAUGAAGAGCAUCAAGGAGGCGGGACGCUCACAGGGGCCGUUUAACUGUACACACACAGACACACAUACGCACACAUGUUCAUGGCAACAGGCAAGACUACUCAUGUUUUCUUGGUGGAAACAUACAAGAUGAUUUAGUUUUUACAUUUAUCUUUUUGUGCAGAUAAUGAGUCACAUUAUUCAUUGAAAUAAAAGAAAAUGGGAGACAUAGAUGAGCAUUAUUUUAUUGUACUCUGUAAACCGUAGUCUCCUAUAGUGGCUGGUUUCUACAAAAGCAAAUAGCCAAAGGGUUCUCUAAUGAGCGUCAGGUCAAAAAUCAUUGGCAUGAACAGCUGUGGCUGCAGGCAAUCCCCUGAUGUAGUUUUUUUGUUUUACUAACCCCACAAGAUGUCAGUUUAAAGUAUUGCAAGCGGUCAGCAGUCAGUAGCUUUAUCUACCUCUGCAUGUGUUUUAAAAUGUUGCUACUUAGCUGUUGUUGUGAAAGUCAUGCGUGUUUGCGAUAGUCAUCUGCACUUUGCUCCUUGGCGUUUACUGUUGAUGUGGUCAAACAGAGCUACGUUUUCCCUUCCGCUUUCUCAUGGACUCCAAAUCAUAAAAAAAAGUUUAUGUAUUAAUGAUAUUUUAAAAUUUCAGCCUCUCCAAUUAUCACCUGUUUCCAAUUAAGGCCCUUCCUUCUUUGCACUUCAGCUAAAUAAACCCGCUAUAGUUCCAGAAUUGACAUUACAUACAGUACUAUAUACAGUGGUGUGAAAGUGUUUGCCCCCUUCAUGAUUUCUUAUAUUUUUGCAUUUGUAUUUUGUCACACUUAAAUGUUUCAGAUCAUCAAACAAAUGUAAAUAUUAGUCAAUGACAACACAACUGAACACAAAAUGCAAUUUUUAAAUGAAACUUUAUUUUAAGGGAGAAAAAAAAUCCAAACCGACAUGGCCCUGUGUGAAAAACUGAUUGCCCCCUAAACCUAAUAUCUGGUUGGGCCACCCUUACCAGCAACAACUGUUUGCAAUAACUCCCAAUAAGUCUCUCACAGCGCUGUGGAGGAAUUUUGGCCUUUUUCCACACAGCGCCAUGUAGGUUUGGAUUUUUUUUCUCCCUUAACAAUAAAAAAUGUUCAUUUAAAACCAGCAUUUUGUGUUCAGUUGUGUUGUCAUUGACUAAUAUUUCAAUUUCUUUAACACACACACACACACACACACACACACAUACUAGGGCUUUAAUCAUUAAUCACCAUUAGCAACUAUGUGUGAAAUAUGCCCAUUUUUACUGUAUUUAAUGAAGAGAAUGAUCAAUGACAGGGCAGGAUUCUAUAUAUUGGUAAGUAUCAACAGCUCCAAAUGAACUGUGAAAAUUUAAAUCAAGCUAAAAGAUACCACGCAAGUCUAAAAAUCUAUUUGUCUAACACUAGUCUCUUUAAUAUACAGUAUGUGCCCUGUGAUUGGCUGGCGACCAGUCAAGAGUGUACCCCGCCUGUUGCCCGAAGUCAGCUGGGAUAGGCUCCAGCUUACCCCCGCGACCCUAAUGAGCAGUAUAGAAAAUGGAUGGAUGGACUAGUCUCUUUAAUAGUAGUAGAACAAUUGAAUCACACUUUAAACUGUGUUAUGAGCAAUGAGUGGUUAUGUUCAAAGACGUCACGUAAUUUAAGGUAAAUUUGCAUUUUUUCAGUGUAAUUUCCAGCAUACUAAAAUGUAGCAAAUUGUACAUCUGAAUUAACCCGCCAGAGUUUCCAUCCAGCUUGAAAAUGGUUAGCGAUCAAGGCAUACUGUAAAUGAGAAAAAAAUCAUCAGUAUGACCCAAAGUUUGUGAUCGGAGCAAAUUCUCUCAUCUAAUUUGCAUAUUGUUAAAAAGCCCAUAAUUUACCAUGUUUUGUGUUGUUUCUGCUCCACUGAUAAUGUUUAGAUUUGGGCGUUAUUUUGUCCUACUGUGUUCGGCUGUCAGUGAAUGCUGUACAGGCAGAUGUACCGUUCCUCUCCUUCCUUGCGCCUCAUCCUUGUUUUCCCAAGUUAAUGCUGUGCGUGAAUGCAUAAAGGUGAGGUUUUAAUUCAGUUGUUGGAUCUGUGUGAGUUCUAUUGUACACUUUUGUUCAGUGUAACGCUUGUGUUCAUUAAUGCUAAGAUUAGCAUUCAAGCUAACUGUAUAGCGAUUUAUUAUAUAAAUAAGCUUCAUAUUGACUUAAUUUCCUUAUUGAGUUCUGUAUUUGAUGUGCCUUUGGCUAAUCAUUAUGUUUAUGUGUAAUAUUAGUUACAUUAAUUUACUGUUUAUUUAUUCAGUGACAUUUUUGUAUUCUUGUAUAUUGUUGUGCCACUGAUUGAAAUAAAUCCACCAA